AUGGCUGAUUAAAAAAUAGUUUCUAUCUUUGAUUUUGGAAAAACUAGAAAUAAAUUUUGGUAACCUUGUGAUAAAUCUGUCUUAGAUGUACAUAUAAUGAAUAAUAUUAUAUAAGUCUUAAUCUUUUUUGAUCGAAUAAGAAUUCUUGACAGCAGGGAAGUUAAUGGUCAAACCAAUAUUCAUUGUGCUUGGAUUAGAAUAUAUUUACAAAGUUACUGUUGAUAGAUUAAAAUGUGCUCCACUUGCAACUAUGCAUUUCACUUUAAUUGAUCCUGGAGCUGAUCAUAUGGUUUAAUUGAAUUCUGAUGAACAAUAAUUUGGAUUUAAAUUAACAUUUCAAACAAAAACAUUGGAUAUAUUUCUAUCUGAUAAAUUAUUGUAUGAUCAAUGGAAGCAACAUUUCAGAAGAGUUUGUUUAUUAGAGAAUUUUCAUGAUGCUUUCAUAGUUUCAAAAUUAAUAGGAAAAGGAAGUUUUGCUAAAGUCUAUUUGGCAACAAGAAAGGAGAAUAAUUAAUAAUAUGCUAUCAAAGCAUUUAGCAAGUCCUUUAUGUAAUAAUAGCAUAAAGGAAUUGAGAGUUUAUUAAAUGAAAUGCAAGUGAUGAGAAAAUUAAAUCAUCAAAACAUAGUCAAGUUGCAUGAAGUACAUGAAACAACCAAUUCCAUUUAUUUUGUUGUUGACAUAGUAAGUGGAGGUGAAUUGCUAUAAAGAGUCAGAGAAACAGGUUUUCAAUUCAGUAAUUAUUAGGCUUUCUGCCAGCUGAAACCCUUUAGAAAUUGGCUUAUAAUUUAUUAUCAGCAUUAAAUCAUAUACAUCAAUUCUAAAUUGCACAUAGAGACUUGAAACCUGAAAAUUUGUUAUUACGUUCAAAUGAAAAUAAUCAUGAUUUAAUAUUAGCAGAUUUUGGUUUGGCUGCAAAACUAACUGAUGAAAAUAUAUUAUUUAAAAGAUGUGGAACUCCAGGAUUUGUAGCACCUGAAAUCUUAGAUUAUGUAGAUGGCUAAUAAUUUUAUGAUGAAAAAUGUGAUGUUUUUAGUGCUGGUGUAAUACUGUAUCUCUUGAUAGUAAAUAUUAAUUAUAAUUAUGUAGACAGGAGGAUAACCAUUUACUGGAAAAGAUUAAAAAGCAAUUUUAAAAGCAAAUAAAGAUUGUUAAAUAGAUUUUGAUGAUUCUCUUUUUAAAUCAGCUCCAAUUUAAAUGUAAGAUUUAAUUAGAUCAAUGUUAUAAAAGAAACCAUCUUAUAGAUUGAGUUCAAAUGAAGUAUUAAUAUUAUUAAUUAUAGUGUUUAAGACAUCCAUAUUUCAAAGAAUUAGUAAAAUAAUAAUAAAUUAAGUAAGAAAAAUACUAAAGCAAUUUAUCAGAAUAUAAUUAAUAAUUCAAGAAUAAUGUAAAAGUGGGUUCAAUAGAUAUGACAUUAGAAUAAAGAUAACCAGCAUUUACUGGUAAUCUAAACUCUAUUGAAUCUAUUUCCUGUGUUUCAAAUGGAUCAUUUGCUAAAUUAGAAAUGAAAGCACCUUCUGUUGUUGGAGCUUCAAAAUUUAGUUAAUACAGUUCUCGGUUGAAUAGAUUAGGUUCUAGAGAUAUAUCUGGUAUUAUUAAUAUUUAAUUUUUAGAUAUUCCUAAUACAUAAUUAUAAAAGACAGAAUCAAAAAAACAUAUAGAUUUACAUAGAAUAGCAAUUCAAAAUUCACAUAGAAAAUAAAUAAUAGAUUAAUUUGAAGAUUAACCUGUACAUUAAGAAAAUUCAGAUGUCUCUGAUAUGGUCAGGUUAUAUAAUUCAACAAGAUAAAUUAGAAUUCCUGAAAAUUUAUCUUAAUUCUCAUAAACAAACAAAUAAGUAUCUACUCCAACUAAUAAGAAUUCUUGA